AUGGCUUCAAGUCCCUCUGUUCUCUUGUCCUCUCCUCCUCCUACAGCAAAGGAUGGUUCCCGUUUUAUUGACUCAAAUUACCUGCAAAAACAAUCCCAUGUGCCUGCUAAUUUCAAAUGGCCUGAGGAGGACGCGGCUUCUGCUCAAGAAGAGCUGAAUGCGCCAGUAGUGGAUCUUGAGGGCUUCUUCAAUGGUGAUGUUGUGGCAACUGAGAAUGCUGCCAAGCUCAUUAGGUCUUCUUGCUUGAGCCACGGCUUUUUCCAAGUGACCAACCAUAGGGUUGAUGCAGAUCUCAUCCAACUCGCUUAUGAUCAUGUGGAUGAUUUCUUCAAUCUUCCCAUUGAGGAGAAAAUAAAGGUACAGAGGCGUCCUGGUAGCCCUUACGGCUAUUCGGGUGCCCAUAUGGAUCGAUUUUCGUCCAAUUUGCCAUGGAAGGAAACUUUUUCUUUUGCUUUCCAGAACGGUCCAGAAAAAACUGUAGCCGAUUACUUCAAAUUCACCAUAAGAAAAGAUUUCGAACAAACAGGGUUGGUGUAUCAAAAAUACAGUGAAGCAAUGCACUCUUUGUCUCUUUCAAUUAUGGAACUCUUGGCAAUCGGGUUGGGAGUGGAUCGGAUGCUCUACAGAGAGUUCUUUGAAGAUGCUGUGUCUAUCAUGAGAACCAACUUAUAUCCAACUUGCCAAGAGCCAAAUCUUUCUCUUGGAACUGGACCUCAUUGUGAUCCUAAUGCCCUGACCAUUCUUCACCAAGACCUGGUUGGAGGGCUUGAUGUGUUUGUUGACGACAAAUGGCACAAGGUUCGUCCUGUUCUUGGUGCCCUAGUCAUCAACAUUGGCGAUGUCUUUGCGGCAUUAUCGAAUGGCAUAUACAGGAGUUGCUUGCACAGGGCUGCUGUGAACAGCCACAAGGAGAGGAGGUCCUUGGUCUUCUUUAUGUGUCCUAGAGCUGACAAGGUGGUGAAGCCCGCAGAGGAACUUGUGCGCAAAAGUGAGGGAGGCACAAGAAAGUUUCCAGAUUUCACAUGGUCAGAUUUGCUUGAAUUCACUCAAAACCAUUACAGGGUUAACGAAACUACCCUCGAAAACUUCACCGACUGGUUCCUUUCUGCUGAUCGUUCCAAUUUCAAACCGACCCAUUUCAAAAAGUCCCAAUGA